UAUCAGGAGGAGAGGGUUUUUUUGUAAACAUGAAUUGCCUGGCUCUUUCCCUGGGCUUCGGCUUCUGGUUUCAGGUCAUUGAAACAUUGAUCUUUGCCUGUUUUGCUUCCUUACCAUUGGCCGCCUCACGGGGUCUUUUCCCAAGGCUGGAGAAUGUCGGGGCUUUCAAGAACGUUUCGGUUGUGCCAAGCCAAGCAACGUGUGGACUACCAGACCGAAGCACCUUCUGUCACAGCUCGGUGGAGGCUGAGAGCGUUCGGUUCUGUAGCCAGAGGUUGUGCGUUCAGGACUGCCCGUUCAGGUCUUCGUCCCCCACCUACACGGCCCUGCUCUCAGCAGGCCUCCGGGGCUGCAUCACGGCAGACGAGCACGGCCUGCCUCCCAGCUCCCCGAGCAAGUCUCCGAGUUUUAUUUUCGGAAAUCACAAGAAUUGCUUCUCUUCUCCUCCUCCUCCAAGGCUGGCGGCAUCGUUUACUUUAGCCGUGUGGUUGAAACCUGAGGAAGAAGGCGUAAUGUGUGUUAUAGAAAAGGCAGUGGAUGGGCAGAUUGUGUUCAAACUCACAAUAUCUGAGAAAGAGACCAUGUUUUAUUACCGCACAGUAAACGGUUUGCAGCCUCCAAUAAAAGUAAUGACACUGGGGAGAAUUCUUGUGAAGAAAUGGAUUCAUCUGAGUGUGCAGGUGGAUCAGACAAAAAUCAGCUUCUUCACCAACGGUUUGGAGGAGGGCAGCAAAGCUUUUGAGGCAAGAACUCUGAGCGGUUCCAUUACCAAUCCUGCCUCUGGUACCAUUCGAAUAGGACAGAAUUUAAAUGGUUUACAGCAGUUUGUUGGGCGAAUGCAAGAUUUUCGAUUAUACCAAGUGGCACUUACAAACAGAGAGAUUCUGGAAGUGUUUUCUGGAGAUCUGCUCACAGUGCACAUCCAGUCAGAGUGCCGCUGUCCUGGCAGCCACCCUCGGAUCCAUCCUCUGCAGCAGCGGUACUGCAUUCCUAACGGUGCAGAAGACACAACUGAGAACCGAGUGUCAAGGCUGAACCCCAAAGCCCGUCCUCUCUCUUUUGUCAAUGAUAACGAUAUUGGUACUUCCUGGGUUUCACGUGUGUUUACAAACAUUACUCAGCUUGAUCAAGGAGUAACUAUUUCUGUAGAUUUGGAAAAUGGACAGUAUCAGGUGUUUUAUAUUAUCAUUCAGUUUUUUAGUCCACAACCAGCAGCAAUGAGAAUUCAAAGGAAGAAAGAAGACAGCCUAGAUUGGGAAGACUGGCAAUAUUUUGCUAGAAAUUGCAGUGUUUUUGGAAUGAGAAACAAUGGAGGUUUGGAAAAUCCUGAUUCUGUCAACUGUCUUCAGCUUCCCAAUUUCACUCCAUAUUCCCGUGGGAAUGUUACAUUUAGCAUCCUGACACCAGGACCAAAUCAUCGUCCUGGAUACAAUGACUUCUACAACACCCCAUCUCUUCAAGAGUUUGUAAAAGCCACACAAAUAAGGUUCGAUUUCUAUGGACAGUACUAUACCACUGAGACUGCCGUCAACCUCCGACACAGAUACUAUGCGGUGGAUGAAAUCACCAUCAGUGGGAGAUGUCAGUGCUAUGGACAUGCUGAUACCUGUGAUACAACGAGCCAGCCAUACAGAUGCCUCUGCUCUCAGGAAAGCUUCACGGAAGGAUUUCAUUGUGAUCGCUGUUUGCCUCUGUAUAAUGACAAGCCUUUCCGCCAAGGUGAUCAAGUUCACGCCUUCAAUUGUAAACCCUGUCAAUGCAACAGCCACUCCAGGAGCUGCCAUUAUGACAUUUCAGUGGACCCUUUCCCGGCUGAGCACCGCAGAGGGGGUGGAGGGGUUUGUGAUGAUUGUGAGCAUAACACUACAGGAAGGAACUGUGAGCUGUGUAAGGAUUACUUCUUCCGACAAGUUGGCGCUGAUCCUUCAGCCAUCGAUGUUUGCAAACCCUGCGAUUGUGAUACAGUGGGCACUAGAAACAGCAGCCUCGUUUGUGAUCAGAUUGGAGGCCAGUGUAAUUGUAAGAGACACGUGUCUGGCAGACGGUGCAGUCACUGCCAGGAUGGAUUCUACAAUCUUCAGGAGUUGGAUCCUGAGGGCUGUAGCCCCUGCAACUGUAAUACCUCUGGGACAGUGGAUGGAGAUAUUACCUGUCACCAAAAUUCAGGCCAGUGCAAGUGCAAAGCAAAUGUUAUAGGGCUUAGGUGUGAUCACUGUGAUUUUGGAUUUAAGUUUCUCACAAGUUGGAACGAUGCCGGAUGUGAGCCAUGCCAGUGUAACCCCCAUGGCUCUGUGAACAGGUUCUGCCAUCCCCUUUCUGGGCAGUGCAAGUGCAAAAAAGAAGCCAAAGGACUUCAGUGUGACACCUGCAGAGAAAACUUCUACAGACUGGACGUCACCACUUGUAAGAGCUGUGACUGUGAUAUGGCUGGAACCCUCUCUGGGACGGUCUGCAAUGCUAAAACAGGGCAGUGCACCUGUAAGCCCAACUUUGGAGGAAGACAGUGCAGUGAGUGUUUGGAGGGAUACUUCCACCUACGGCAGCAAAAUAAUUCUUUCCUCUGCCUGCCUUGCAACUGCGAUCAGACAGGGACCGUAAAUGGCUCUGUGCUGUGUGAGAAAUCGACAGGACAAUGUCCUUGCAAACUCGGGGUGACGGGUCUUCACUGUAAUCAGUGUAAGCCUCACAGGUACAAUUUGACCAUUGGCAGUUUCCAAGGCUGCCAGAUGUGUAAGUGUGACUCCUUGGGGACACUGCCUGGGACCAUGUGUGACCCAAUCAGUGGCCAGUGCCUGUGUCUGCCUAAUCGUCAAGGAAGAAGGUGCAAUCAGUGUCAACCAGGUUUUUAUAUUUCCCCAGGCAAUGUCACUGGUUGCCUACCAUGCUCAUGCCAUGUGACUGGUGCAGUUAGUCAAAUCUGUAAUAGCCUAACUGGUCAGUGUGUCUGCCAAGAUGCUUCCAUUGCUGGGCAAGGUUGUGACCAUUGCAAGGACCAUUACUUUGGAUUUGAUCCUCAGACUGGAAGAUGUCAGCCUUGCAAUUGUCAUCUCUCAGGAGCAUUGAAUGAAACCUGUCACUCGGUCACGGGCCACUGUUUCUGUAAACGAUUUGUCACUGGCUCAAAGUGUGACACGUGUGUUCCCAGUGCAAGCCAUUUGGAUGUCAACAAUCUAUUGGGUUGCAGCAAAACUCCAUCCCAGCAACCUCCACCCAGAGGACAAGUUCAAAGCUCUUCAGCUAUCAAUCUUUCCUGGAGUCCACCUGACUCUCCAAAUGCUCCCUGGCUUUCUUACAGUUUAUUCAGGGAUGAUUUUGAAAUCUACACAACUGAAGAUCAAUACCCAUACAAUAUUCAGUACUUCUUAGACACCGCCCUGUCUCCUUAUACCUCAUAUUCCUAUUACAUCGAGACCACCAAUGUGCAUGGUUCAACAAGGAGUGCAGCUGUCACUUAUAGGACAAAAUCGGGGGUCCCACAGGGAAGCUUGAACUUAAGCUGUAUCAUCCCUAUUAGCUCAGAUUCUGUGAAACUCACGUGGACUGCACCCUCAAAUGAAUCUGGUCCUAUAGAAAAAUAUAUUUUAUCCUGUUCUCCUUUAGAAGGCAGCCAGCAGUGUUCUCCCUACGAAGGUCGUGAAACCUCAGCUACCAUCCGGAAUCUGGCUCCAUUCACCACCUACCGCUUCUCUGUGCAGGCAUGUACUAGUGGGGGCUGUCUGCAUAGCUUGCCCAUUACAGUGACCACAGCCCAGGCUCCUCCCCAAGGGCUGAGCCCCCCUCUGCUACAGAAGACCAGUUCCACGGAACUUCACGUAGAAUGGGCGCCACCGUCGGAACCAAAUGGAAUAAUUAUAAGAUAUGAGCUGUACAUGAAAAGAUUGAAUUCUAAUGGAGAAAGCAGGUCUGCAGAAAGUAGAGUGUUUACAAACAGUGGCUGGCUCAGUCCUCACCCAUUUACAGAAUCGGCCAACGGAAAUGCAUUACAACCUCCUCAAACAACCACAGAUAUCACUGGCUUGGAGCCAUACACCAACUAUGGGUUUAGAGUCUUAGCUGUGAAUAUGGCCGGUAGUGUGUCUUCUGCUUGGACGUCAGAAAGAACAGGAGAAUCAGUGCCUGUAUUCAUGAUCCCGCCUUCAGUCUUCCCUCUUUCACCACAUGCUCUCAACGUCUCCUGGGAGAAGCCCACAGAUAACGUCACAAGGGGAGAAGUUGUGGGGUAUAACGUCAAUAUGAUUUCCAAACAGUCACCUCAGCAAUCUAGUCCGGUGGCAUCUUCACAGGUAUUGUACACUGCUAAAUCCCAAGAACUGUCUUAUGUUGUAAAAGGACUGAAACCUUAUAGGAUGUAUGACUUCACCAUUUCUCUCUGCAAUUCAGUGGGCUGUGUGACUAGUGCUCCUGGAGCAGGGCGGACCUCAGCAGCAGCACCAGCCCGACUGAGGCCUCCUCUUGUGGAAGGAAUCAACAGCACAACCAUUCAUCUUAGGUGGCUUCCACCUGAAGAACUAAAUGGGCCCUCUCCUGUAUACCAGCUGGAACGGAGAGAGUCGUCUCUAGCAGCUCCUACGGCCACGAUGAUGAAAGGAAUUCGUUUCGUAGGGAAUGGGUAUUAUAAAUUUCCCAGCUCCGCUCUGCCAGUCAACACAGACUUUACUGGCAUUAAGGCCAGCUUCCGAGCGAGGGUGCCCGAAGGUUUGAUUGUCUUUGCAGCAUCUCCUGACAAUCAGGCGGAGUAUGUCGCACUGCAGCUGAAGAACGGGCGUCCGUAUUUUCUUUUCGAUCCUCAGGGAUCUUCAGUGGAAGUUACAACAACCAAUGAUAAUGAUAAACAAUAUAGUGAUGGCAAAUGGCAUGAAAUAAUUGCUAUUCGGCAUCAGGCUGUCGGCCAAAUCACUCUUGAUGGGCAGUACACAGGUUCCUCGGGCACCCUGAAUGGCAGUACUGUUAUUGGAGAUAACACAGGAGUUUUUGUUGGAGGGCUGCCACAAGGCUACACCAUCCUCAGGAAGGAUCUUGAGAUAAUUCAAAAGGGUUUUGUGGGCUGUCUCAAGGAUGUGCUUUUUAUGAAGAAUUACAAUCCCUCGGUCAUCUGGGAACCCCUGGAGUGGCAGAGUUCUGAAGAGCAAGUUAAUGUGUAUAACAGCUGGGAGGGAUGCCCUACUACAUUAAAAGAGGGAGCCCAGUUCCUAGGAUCGGGGUUCCUGGAGCUUCAUUCAUAUAUAUUUCAUGGCGGAAUGGACUUUGAGAUUUCCUUUAAGUUCAGAACCGACCAACUGAAUGGAUUACUUCUUUUUGUUUACAACAAAGAUGGACCUGAUUUUCUUGCUGUGGAGCUGAGGAGUGGAAUAUUGAGCUUCCUGUUAAAUACCAGUUUUACCUUGACACAAGUGGAUCUUCAGCUGGGGCUGUCCUAUUGUGAUGGCAAGUGGAAGAAAGUGAUUAUGAAAAAGGAAGGCUCAGUCAUCUUGGCAAGCAUGAAUGAACUGACAGAGCGUGUGUUACAGUCCAGGGCUCAGCCUCUCAUGGUGAACUCCCCAGUCUAUGUUGGAGGGAUCCCACAGGAGCUGCAGGACACUUACAGAUACCUGAGUUAUGAACAAGGUUUCGGUGGCUGCAUGAAGGAUGUUAAAUUUACACGUGGUGCUGUCGUUAGCUUGGCGUCUGUGUCCAGCAGUGCUGUCAGAGUCAAUCUGGAUGGAUGCCUAUCAACUGACAGUGCUGUUAACUGCAGGGGAGAUGACUCCAUCCUGGUUUACAGGGGAAUGGAGCAGAGUGUCUAUGAGAGUGGUCUCCAGCCUUUUACAGAAUACCUGUAUCGAGUGAAAGCCUCACACGAAGGAGGUUCAGUAUACAGUGACUGGAGUCGGGGGCGUACCACAGGAGCAGCUCCACAAAACGUGCCAACUCCCUCAAGAGGCCACAGCAUAAACGGAUAUAGCAUUGAGGUGACCUGGGAUAAACCUGUUGUGGUUAGAGGUAUAAUUGAGAAGUACAUCCUGAAAGCAUACAGUGAGGACGAUCGCAAAACAUCCCUUGUGCCCUCAGCCAGUACGGAGUUGCUCAACACCAGCACCCUCACAGGCAUAUUGACAGGCUUGCUACCCUUCAAAAACUACAUGGUGACCCUAAGUGCCUGCACUUUGGCGGGCUGCACUGAGAGCUCACAUGCUUUGAACAUCUCUACUCCACAAGAAGCCCCACAAGAGGUUCAGCCACCAGUAGCCAAAUCUUUUCCCAAUUCUUUGUUAGUCUCCUGGAAACCACCCAAACAAGCCAACGGCAUUAUAACUCAGUACUCUUUAUACAUGGAUGGGAUGGUAAUCUAUUCAGGCAGCGGGGAGAACUACGCAGUCACAGAUCUAGCAGUAUUUACACCCCACCAGUUUCUGCUGAGUGCAUGCACCCACGUGGGAUGUGCAAACAGCUCCUGGGUCACCCUGUACACGGCACAGCUGCCGCCGGAUCAUGUAGAAUCACCGACUUUGACUGUCCUGGAUUCUACGACUAUAUAUAUCCAGUGGCAACAACCAAGGAAAAUAAAUGGAAUUCUGGAGCGCUAUAUAUUGUAUAUUUCAAAUUGCACGCAUGAUUUUACAGUUUGGAAUGUCAUCUAUAACAGCACAGAACUUUUCCAGGAUCACAUGCUACCACACCUUUUCCCUGGUAAUAAAUAUCUCAUCAAGCUGGAGGCUUGCACGGGCGGUGGGUGCACCGUGAGUGACGUCAGCGAAGCCUACACGGACGAGAGCACUCCGGAAGGGGUGCCGGCCCCCCGGGCGCGCUCUUACUCACCUGACUCCUUCAACAUCUCCUGGACCGAGCCCGAGUACCCGAAUGGUGUUAUAACAAGCUAUGGAUUAUAUCUAGAUGGUGUAUUAAUUCACAAUUCCUCAGAACUCCGCUGUCACGCUCAUGGAUUUGCUCCUUGGAGCUUACAUUCCUUCCGACUCCAGGCAUGCACUGCCAAAGGUUGUGCGAUGGGCCCACUGGUGGAAAAUCGAACUCUAGAAGCCUCUCCUGAAGGGGUAGUAAAUGUGUUUGUCAAAGCAGGGGGACCCCGAGAAGCCCAUGUGAAGUGGGAAGAGCCUUUUUCCCCAAAUGGACGCUUAACAUACUCAGUCCUUUUUACCGGAAUUUUCUAUGCAGAUCAAGUGGGUGGUAACUACACCCUCCUGAACGGCACACAGACCAUGCAUAGCAGUGAGAAGAGCAGUCAGUGGGUUCUUGUUGAUGGGUUGGUUCCCUUUACUAACUACACCGUGCAAGUGAAUGCUUCAAAUAGCCAAGGCAGCUUGAUAAGUGAUCCUAUAAUGAUUGCAAUGCCUCCAGGAGCUCCAGAUGGCGUGCUGCCUCCAAGGCUUUCAGCUGCCACUCCAACCAGUCUUCAGGUUGUCUGGUCUACACCAGUUCAUAACAACGCCCCCGGCUCUCCCAGAUACCAGCUCCAGAUGAGGCCUGGCCACUCCGCCCGUGAAAUUCUAGAGUUAUUUUCCGGCCCUUCUGCAUCGUUAAGCUAUGAAGUGAGAGAUCUCCAGCCGUACACAGAGUAUGAGUUUCGGCUGGUUGCCUCCAAUGGAUUUGGCAGUACGCAUAGUUUUUGGAUUCCAUUCAUGACCACAGAGGACAAACCUGGACCUAUAGACCCUCCAGUUCUUCGAGACGUGAAGUCAAGAAUGAUGUUGAUCACCUGGCAGCAUCCUCUGACGUGCAAUGGGGUUAUUAGCCAUUAUAACAUUUACCAGCAUGGUCGUCUCUACUUGGAAACUCCUGGAAAUAUCUCUACUUGCACGGCGGUCCGUUUACGCCCAUAUACUGCCUACCAGUUUCAGGUAGAAGCCUGUACUUCAAAAGGAUGUUCCCUUUCACCAGAGUCUCAGACUGUGUGGACUCUCCCAGAUGCCCCAGAAGGUAUCCCAAGUCCAGAGCUGUUCUCUGAUACCCCAACAUCUGUGAUUAUAUCUUGGCAACCCCCUACUCAUCCCAAUGGUAUAGUGGAGAACUUCACAGUUGAGAGAAAAGCCAAAGGGAAGGAAGAAGUUACUACCCUGGUAACUCUCCCAAGUCAUCAUCCCAUGAGGUUUAUCGACAACAGUUCUGCUCUUAGUCCGUGGACAAAAUAUGAAUACCGAGUACUGAUGAGUACUUUCAGCGGUGGCACGAACAGUAGUUCUUGGGCAGAAGUAACCACGAGACCCUCACGACCUGCUGGGGUACAGCCACCCAUGGUGCACGUGCUAGGACCUGACGCAGCCAAGGUCACCUGGUUACCCCCUCUCAUCCAGAAUGGAGACAUACUUAGCUAUGAGGUCCGCAUGCCUGACCCUCGUAUCACAAUAACCAAUAUUACUUCCUCAGUGUUGACUGAAACAAUUACUCAGCUGAUUCCUUUCACUAACUACUCUGUCACCAUUGUGGCUUGCUCAGGGGGCAAUGGGUACUUAGGAGGAUGCACAGAGAGCUUGCCUACCUAUGUCACUACCCACCCCACCUGCCCUCAGGGUGUCAGCCCAUUGGCGGUGGUUCCACUAAGUGAAUCAUAUGUUGGGAUUUCUUGGCAGCCACCAUCCAAGCCAAAUGGACCUAACCUGAGAUAUGAGCUUCUGAGACGUAAAACCCUGCAACCACUUGCAUCAAAUCCCCCAGAAGAUUUAAAUCUGUGGCACAAUAUUUAUUCAGGAACUCAGUGGUUUUAUGAAGAUAAGAGUCUUAGCAGGUUUACAACAUACGAGUAUAAGGUCUUUGUACACAACAGCGUGGGUUUUACACCAAGCCAGGAGGCAGCUGUGACGACAUUAGCUGGUCCUCCCCAGAGAGGUGCCAAUCUCACUGCACAUGUCCUUAACCACACGGCUGUAGACGUGGAAUGGACUAAGCCAACUCUUCAAGACCUACAGGGCGGUGUUGAAUACUACACACUUUUUUGGAGUUCUGCUACCUCAAAUGAAUCUCUAAAAAUCCUCCAAGAUGUAAACUCCCAUGUCAUUGGCCACUUAAACCCAAACACAGAGUAUCGGAUUUUUAUCUCGGUCUUCAAUGGCGUCCACAGCAUCAACAGUGAAGUCGUGCACGCGACCACUGGUGACGGGGAGCCUCAGGGCUUGCUUCCUCCAGAGGUUGUCGUCAUCAACAGCACAGCUGUACAUGUCAUCUGGACAUCUCCUUCAAACCCAAAUGGUGUUGUCACUGAGUGUUCCAUCUAUGUAAAUAAUAAGCUCUACAAGACUGGAAUGGAUGUGCCUGGGUCGUUUGUCCUGAGAGGCCUGUCUCCCUUCACUAUCUAUGACAUUCAGGUUGAGGUCUGCACAAUGUACGCCUGUGUGAAAAGCAACGGAACCCAAAUCACCACUGUAGAAGAUACUCCGGAUGAUAUACCAACACCCACAGUUCAUGGCAUCACCUCAAGAUCCCUUCAAAUUGACUGGGUGUCUCCAGGGAAGCCAAAUGGCAUCAUUCUUGGAUAUGAUCUCCUACGGAAAACAUGGCGGUCAUGCCCUAAAACACAGAAGUUAAUGAAGGACCACGGUGGUGGGUUCUGCAAGGCGGUGGAAUGUCACAAGCCUAAAGAUAUCUGUGGACAUAUGUGCUAUUCUCCUGAAUCCAAGGUUUGUUGUGAUGGCGUUCUCUAUAACCCCCAGCCUGGAUACGGCUGUUGUGAAGAGAAGUAUUUCCCAUUUGCUCUGAACUCAACUGGAGUUUGUUGUGGUGGCCGAAUACGAGAGGCACAACCAAAACAUCAGUGCUGCUCUGGGUAUUACGCCAGAAUUCUACCAGGUGAAGUAUGCUGUCCAGAUGAACGGCACGACCGGGUUUCUGUUGGCCGUGGCGACGCCUGCUGCGGCAGAAUGCCCUACUCCACCGCAGGACACCAGAUUUGCUGUGCAGGGAGGCUCCAUGAUGGCCAUGGCCAGCAGUGCUGUGGUGGGCAGAUUGUGAACAAAGAUCUAGAAUGCUGUGGCGGAGAAGAAGAGGGUGUGGUAUACAUUCGCCUUCCAGGGAUGUUCUGUUGUGGGCAGGAUUAUGUGAAUAUGUCAGAUACCAUAUGCUGCUCAGCUUCCAGUGGAGAGUCUAAAGCACAUGUUAAAAAGAAGGACCCAGUGCCAGUAAAAUGCUGUGAGACUGAGCUUAUUCCAGAAAGCCAGGAAUGCUGUAAUGGAGUUGGCUAUAAUCCUUUGAAAUAUGUUUGCUCUGACAAGAUUUCAGCUGGAAUGAUGAUGAAGGAAACCAAUCAAUGCAGGACACUCUGCCCAGCAUCUGUGGAAGCCACUGCACAUUGUGGCAGGUGUGACUUCAACUUCAGCAGCCACAUCUGCACUGUGGUAAAGGGAUCUCGCAAUUCCACAGAGAAGGUAUCACAUGAAGAAAUAUGCUCCUCUGCUGAAGAGACUGUUCAUACAGGGAAUGCAAACAUAUACUCCUUCACAGAUGUAAGCGUGGAGCCCUACAUGACGUACGAGUAUAGGAUUUCUGCAUGGAAUGGCUAUGGGCAAGGAUUCAGCAAAGCUGUUAGGGCCAGCACAAAAGAAGAUGUGCCCCAAGGAGUGAGUCCCCCUAGGUGGACCAAAAUGGAUAAUCUCGAAGAUGCAAUAGUCUUAAACUGGAAGAAACCUAUACAACCAAAUGGUCCAAUUAUUUACUACAUUCUUCUCCGAAAUGGAUUUGAACGCUUUCGGGGACUGUCAUUGAACUUCUCGGAUACAAAGGGAAUUCAGCCAUUUCAGGAAUAUUCAUACCAGCUGAAAGCAUGCACAGUUGCUGGCUGUACUGCCAGCAGCGAGGUAGCUGCAGCCACUACCCAAGGAGUUCCAGAGAGCGUCCUGCCACCAAGAAUCACAGCCCAAAGUGCGGAGGCUUUGCAUUUGAGCUGGAGCAUCCCUGAGAAACCAAAUGGUGUCAUUAAAGAGUACCAGCUCAGGCAGGCUGGGAAAGGUCUCAUCCACACUGACGCCACUGACAGGAGGCAGCAUACGGUCACAGGUCUCCAGCCAUACAGCAACUACAGCUUCACAAUUACAGCUUGUACGUCUGCUGGCUGUACUUCAAGUGAAUCUUUUCUGGGUCAGACACUGCAGGCAGCCCCUCAAGGAGUUUGGCUGACACCACGACACAUUAUCAUCAAUCCUACAACAGUGGAAUUAUACUGGAGUCAGCCCGAAAAGCCCAAUGGCCUCAUUUCUCGGUAUCACUUGAGGCGUAAUGGGACCUUGGUUUUCCUGGGUGGCAGCGAGGAGCAGAAUUUCACUGACAAAAACCUGGAGCCCAACAGCAGAUAUGUUUACAAUUUAGAAGCCGAGACUGAAGGUGGCAGCAGUACUAGUGACGAUUAUGUUGUACAAACACCUGUAUGGACACCAGAAGAAAUCCAUUCUCCCUAUAAUGUAACAGUACAUGGGCCUUAUUCCAUAUUUGUAGCUUGGACCCCACCAGGGAUUCUCAUCCCCCAAAUGCCUGUGGAGUACAACAUCUUAAUCAAUGCUGGAAGUGAAGCACCUCUCAUCUCCCCCGUGGGUCACCGGCAUUCCACCCUGCUGGAAAAUUUAGCCCCCUUCACGCAGUACGAGAUACGGCUCCAAGCCUGUCAAAAUGGAGGUUGUGGAGUAAGCAGCAGGAUGUUUGGUAAAACAUCUGAAGCAGCCCCAAUGGAUCUUAGUUCUCCCGCUCUUAAGGCACUGGGGCCAGCUUGCAUAGAGCUCACGUGGACACCACCUAAAAAACCAAAUGGCGUCAUCCUCAGCUACUUCAUUCACAGACGUCCUGCUGGCAUCGAAGAGGAGUCACUUCUGUUUGUCUGGUCAGAAGGAGCCCUUGAAUUCACCGAUGCCUCAAAUACUCUGAGGCCUUUCACAGUCUAUGAAUACCGCGUCAGAGCCCAGAACUCCAGGGGCUCAGUGGAGAGUCUGUGGUCAUCAACACGGACCCUGGAAGCCCCACCUCAAGAUUUGCCAGCUCCUUGGGCUCAAGCCACCAGUGCUCAUUCAGUUCUGCUGAAUUGGACGAAGCCAGAAUCUCCCAAUGGCAUUAUUACCCAGUACCGUGUGGUCUACCAAGAGAGACCAGAUGGUCCAACAUUUAACAUCUCUACCGUGCAUGCUUUCACAGUACUGGGAACCUGCUACCAAGCCCACCUGUUUGGGUUAGAACCAUUCACAACGUAUCACAUUGGUGUUGUGGCUGCAAACCAGGUGGGAGAAGUUUCAAGCCCCUGGACUCUGGUUCAGACCUUAGAAUCUUCCCCAAGUGGACUGAGCAACUUUACAGUAGAACGGAAAGAGAAUGGCCAAGCGCUGUUACUACAGUGGUCAGAGCCUACAAGAGCCAAUGGUGUGAUUAAGACUUACAACGUCUUCAGUGACGGUAUCCUGGAGUACACUGGCUUCAACCGUCAAUUUUUCUUCCGUCGUCUGGACCCUUUCACUGUCUACACACUGACGCUGGAGGCCUGCACCAGGGCAGGCUGUGCACACUCAGCAUCCCAGCCUCUGUGGACAGGCGAGGCCCCUCCCGGCUCUCAGUUGGCUCCCACAGUUCAGUCUGUGGGGUCCACCAGUGUUGAGCUGAGCUGGUCUGAGCCUGUUAACCCAAAUGGAAAGAUAAUUCGCUAUGAAGUGAUUCGCAGAUGCUUCGAGGGAAAAGCUUGGGGGAACCAGACAAUCCUGGCCGAUGAGAAAAUUGUUUUCACAGAAUAUAAUACUGAAAGGAAUACAUUUAUGUAUAAUGACACAGGUUUGCAGCCAUGGACACAGUAUGAAUAUAAAAUCAACACUUGGAAUUCAGCAGGCCAUACCUGUAGCUCCUGGAAUGUGGUAAAGACUAAACAAGCGCCUCCAGAAGGCAUCUCUCCACCUGAGAUGUCCUAUGUGUCUACGCAUCCCCUAAGACUGCUGAUUUCCUGGAUCCCACCAGAACAGCCUAAUGGUAUUAUCCAGUCCUAUAGGCUUCAAAGGAAUGGAAUGCUAUAUCCUUUCAGCUUUGAUGCUGUGACUUUCAAGUACACAGAUGAAGACCUACUUCCUUUUUCUACAUACAGUUACGCAGUCAUAGCCUGCACAAUUGAAGGCUGCUCCACCAGCAAACCCACCAACAUCAAAACUCCCGAGGCUGCUCCAGAAGGGGUCAGCCCUCCAGCUCUUCAGGCCAUCAGUGCCACUCAAAUAAAUGUAUCUUGGUCACCACCAUCAAUUCAAAAUGGAAAGAUCACUAAAUAUCUGCUUAUAUUUGAUGGUAAGGAACACCACGCUGGGCAGGGCCACUCCUUGCUGGUUUCUCAUCUGCAGCCUUACACCCAAUAUAAUUUCUCCCUGGUAGCCUGCACCAACGGUGGAUGCACAGCUACCACAUCCAUAGCUACUUGGACAUUGGAGGCCCCGCCACAGAACAUGGAUGCUCCCAGAUUGCAAGUCACAGGCUCAGAAUCAAUAGAAAUCCUCUGGAAAGCUCCAAGAACCCCAAAUGGCCAAAUCAGAAGUUACGAACUUAGGAGGGAUGGAGCCAUUGUGUAUACUGGACUGGAAACUCACUACCAUGAUUUUACCCUCACCCCGGGUGUGGAGUACGGCUACACAGUGACUGCCAGCAACAGCCAAGGUGGUAUUUUGAGUCCGCUCGUCAAAGUUCGAACCAAUCCCUCAGCUCCCUCAGGGAUGGAGCCUCCAAAACUACAGUCCAAGAACUCUCACGAGAUCUUAGUGAGUUGGGACCCUCCAGUGAAGAUGAAUGGCGAGAUUGUCAACUACACCCUCUUCAUCCGUGAGCUGUUUGAAAGAGAAACAAAAAUCAUACACAUAAACACAACUCAUGAUUCUUUUGGUACUCGGUCGUUCGUCGUAAGCCAGCUACAGCCAUUUCAGAGGUAUGAAGUUCGCAUCCGAGCGUGCACCAUGCUGGGAUGUGCGUCCAGUGACUGGGCACCCAUAGAGACCCCUGAAAUUCCACCUCUGAUGCAGCCACCGCCCCACCUAGAGGUACAGAUGGCUCCAGGAGGACUCCGGCCCACUGUUUCUCUCGUGUGGGCAGGACCGCUUCAGCCAAAUGGAAAAGUUCUGUAUUAUGAACUGUACCGAAGGCAAAUAGCGACUCAGCCUGGAAAAUCAAAUCCAGUGCUAACCUAUAACGGGAGCUCGAGCUUUUUCAUUGACUCUGAACUGUUGCCUUUCACAGAAUACGAGUAUCAGGUCUGGGCAGUGAAUUCAGCAGGAAGAGCACCCAGUAGCUGGACAUGGUGUCGAACUGGGCCUGCCCCCCCAGAAGGUCUCCAAGCCCCCAGGUUCCACGCCGUCUCUUCUACCCAAGCAGUGGUCAACAUCAGCGCCCCUGUGAAACCCAACGGGGUCAUCAGUCUCUACAGGCUGUUCUCCAACACCACCAGUGGGGCCCAGAUGCUGCUGUCUGAAGGCACGGCCACCCAGCAGACCCUGCAUGGCCUGCGGCCCUUCACCGCCUACUCCGUCGGCGUCGAGGCCUGCACCUGCUUCAACUGUUGCAGCAGAGGACCAACGGCUGAACUGAAGACUCAGCCUGCACCCCCCUCGGGACUGCCCUCUCCCCAAAUCCAGACGCUGGCCUCGAGCACGGCCUCCUUCCAGUGGAGUCCCCCCUUGUCCCCCAAUGGUGUCAUUCAAAGCUACGAGCUCCAACUCUACGUGGCUUGCCCUCUCGACGCAGCCCCGCCCUGCACUCCUGGCCCAACAGAGACCAAGUACACGGGGCCAGGGCGGCAAGCCAGCCUUGGGGGUCUCCAGCCUUAUACCCCAUACCGGCUGAGAGUGCUGGCAUACAACGAGGUGGGCAGUGCCGCUUCCGAAUGGAUCGGCUUCACCACCAACAGAGAGCCACCUCAGUACCGAGCCCCGUUUUCCGUGGCCAGCAACGUGUCUGUGGUGUGUGUCAACUGGACCAGCGCCUUCCUUCUGAACGGCCCGCUGAAGGAGUACGCGCUGCUGGACGCAGGGCGGCGCGUGUACAGCGGCCUGGACACGGCCCUCUGCGUGCCCAGGACUGCGGACCGAGCCUUCUUUUUCCAGGUCAUCUGCACUACAGAUGAAGGAAGUGUGAGGACACCUCUGAUCCAAUAUGAUACCUCCAUUGGGCUUGGCCUGGUGCUAACAACUCCUGGAGAAAAGAAAGGGGCAGGGAGCAAAAGCAGGGCGUUCUCCAGCGAGCUGUGGUUCAUUAUGUUAAUGGCCAUCCUGGGCUUGAUCCUACUGGCCAUUUUUCUGUCCCUGAUACUACAAAGAAAGAUCCACAAAGAGCCAUAUGUCAGAGAGAGACCACCCUUAGUUCCGCUUCAGAAGAGAAUGUCUCCGCUGAGUGUCUACCCACCAGGGGAAUCCCACGUGGGGUUAGCUGGCACCAGAAUUCCUCGGUCUGGGACACCUGUGAGUAUCCGGAGCACCCGGAGUAUGUCAGUUCUGCGAGUCCCAAGUCAAAGCCGAAUCAGCCAAGCCUAUUCCCAAGGAGCCCUCCACCACAGCGUCAGCCAGCUCAUGGACAUCCAAGACAAGAAAGCCUUGGUUGAUGAUGCACUGUGGGAAACCAUCAUGGGCCAUGACAGUGGACUGUACAUGGAUGAAGAAGACCUGAUGAAUGCCAUCAAGGGUUUCAGUUCAGUGACCAAGGAACACACCACAUUCGCCGACACCCAUCUGUAG